UGCCCGCGCCGGGCCCCCGCGCUGCCCCACGCCGCGCCGCCCCGGCGCCGGGCGGCAGGAUGGGCUGUAUCCAAAGCAUCACCUGCAAGGCGCGGAUCCGGCGCGAGAACAUCGUGGUGUACGAUGUGUGCGCCACCAUCGACCAGUGCCCCACGCGCAUCGAGGAGACCUCGCCCAUCGUCCUGCGCUACAAGACCCCUUACUUCAAAGCCUCGGCCCGCGUGGUCAUGCCCCCCAUCCCCCGCCACGAGACCUGGGUGGUGGGCUGGAUCCAGGCGUGCAACCAGAUGGAGUUCUUCAACACCUACAGCGACCUGGGCAUGUCCAGCUGGGAACUGCCUGACUUGAGGGAAGGGAGAGUGAAAGCCAUCAGUGACUCGGAUGGGGUGAGCUACCCCUGGUACGGGAACACCACAGAGACUGUGACCCUGGUUGGCCCCACCAACAAGAUCUCCAGGUUCUCCGUCAGCAUGAAUGAUAACUUCUACCCCAGCGUGACAUGGGCAGUGCCCGUGAGUGACAGCAACGUGCCACUUCUCACAAGAAUCAAGAGGGACCAAAGUUUUACCACCUGGCUGGUGGCCAUGAAUGCCACCACGAAGGAGAAGAUCAUUCUGCAGACCAUCAAGUGGAGGAUGAGAGUGGACAUUGAAGUAGACCCUCUUCAGCUGUUGGGUCAGCGAGCCCGGCUAGUGGGCAGGACUCAGCAGGAGCAGCCCCGGAUUCUGAGCCGGAUGGAACCCAUCCCCCCUAACGCACUAGUGAAGCCCAAUGCCAACGAUGCCCAGGUCCUCAUGUGGAGGCCCAAGCGGGGGCCGCCUCUGGUUGUGAUACCUCCUAAAUAGAAGCAGACUGCCCAACUGUGUGUGGAACACAUGCCACUGAGGCACACAGUGGGGUUGCCAGGGAGGGGGCAGGAGCCAAACUGAGUUUCUGAGCCAAAGCAGACCUCUUGGUUUGCCAGCCUCUGCAGCUACUUGUGAAGAGUACAGCUGCUCCUUGGGUGGGAGAACCAUAACCCUUAGGAAAAAGCCCCUUCCUCUUAGGAAUAAAGAAAUCACUGAUUUGACAGA